GAAGGGUAUACUCACAGUGCCAUUUUGUCCAUCAAAUCCGUCGUGAAUGUAUAUCUGAAAAACUUAUAGACUUGUGAAAAAAAAACACACACACACACACACACACAGUUUACAAAAUACGCCGUACUAUACACUACUUGGUGGUUCUCUCCGGUUAAACUUUCGCCGGCGUUAAUUCUGUUGCUAUUGGUAUACUUGUUCACGGUUAAAGCAUGUCGGAAAGACGGACCCUGUUAAGUCGUCCCAGGACUCGGGUCUACGACUGCAACUACAACAUUGGCGAGGGUUACUACAAGCCAAUGAUGGACCACUUGGACCGUAAGUACUACGGGUCGCCGUCGUCGGUUGCGCCGCCCAAGCCGAUCAGCUCCUUCGGUACGGCUGCUUUCGACGAUUACCAAUCCCCUUCGCCGAUCCGAUCAAGGCGGGGAUCAGACUCCAGGCUAUCCAUGCCCGACGACGAUUUCGAACAAGAGGUUGCGGCUUUACGCAAGGCUCGCGCGGCCAAGGCGGCCGCCAGGACGGCGUCGCUUGAACGAGACUUCGAGUCGGCGUUCAACGGGUUCUCGUCGGACGGCAAGCCUAGGCCACGGCUUAACUAUACGGAAAAAUUGUUAGACUCGGUGGGCCUGAACAGCAAGUCGCAGGACGCGCUCGAAGAGGAAAUCCUGAAGAAGCGGACCAAGUCGUUCUUCCAGGACGCGGACGAAUUCGCGGCGGCGGCCGAUCAGCAGGCCACAAACCGGUGGAUCAAGGCCAAGAGGCACGACGACGCGGAGGAGCGGUUCACCGAGGAGACGGCGGCCAAGGCGAGGGCCCGCAAGUCUAAGGCCCGCCUAUUGGACAUCCAGAACGAGUUGGACGGCUUGGCCGACCGUGACGCGGCCCGUCAAAAAAGGUCGGCUGACCUCAGGGCGCUGUUUGCCGACAACGAGGCACUCACCGAGUCCGUUAGUUCGUCGUUCAAGAAGAAGUCAUCGAAAAAAGUGUCCUUCUAAAAAAAAUGUAUUAAGUUUAUCAUUUCUCUAUCACACAUAGACAUAAAUUAUCCACUCCUUAAGAGUUCGUCUCACCUGUACUCGGUCGCAAUUACUCGGUAAAAAAUAAAUAUAUAAAAUAUGCAAUGAAACCUCUAUUAAUCGAAACGCCUCUUCAUUGAACACUAUCAAAGUGUUCGGCAGAAACAAUUACAAGUUUAAGAUAAAGCCGAUCAUAAGCUAAUUCAGUAAUUAAUAUUUUAUACCUUUAUCGAUGACGAAUACUUUUCUAGGUUUCACUGUAUUACAUAUUGUCCGUCGAAUUCAUCCGAACGUUCGUGUUGCCUAUUUUCGACAUGUGUGUUUAAUUUAUACGUAGUUUUUUAUAGUAUUAAAUAAUAUAUUAUAAAAAUAUAUUUUAAAAAGUUGACACUAAUUAUAAUAUCGAGCUGUUUGAA